AUGUCCAACGCCGGCAUCGGGCUCUCGCAGUUCGCCUUCGUCGGCACGUUCAUAGCGGCGGUGAAGAAGACGAUCACGGGACCGAGGGCGGAACCGCCCGAUCACUUAAAGUGCGCCAUCACGCAAGAGUUAUUCACCGAUCCCGUGGUCUUGGUGCAGAGCGGGUACACGUACGAUAGGCGGGCGAUUCAGAGGUGGUUGGCGCAGAAAUUCCCACCCACCGACCCGACGUCGAACGUCGAGUUGUGGUGCACGGACAUCGUUCCGAACUGGUCGUUGAGGCAGGCCGUGGACGAGUGGGCGCUUGCGAACGGCGCACGAACUUUAGAAGCCCCGGUGGAGGCGGUGCGAGUGACCAAGGAUGGGCGACCCACGGGGAGGCGGAGCGCGAACGCGACGUCCGCGGCGGCGCUCACGCACCAAUAUUUGCAAGCUUUACAUCGCUCGCAUCCGCGACACGCGGCGUGCGUGGUAUUUUUGAUGACGUUCACGCUAGGAACGAUCACCGUCACCGCGCUCACGGUGGCUCAUAGCGUGGGCUCGGCCGCGGCCGCCGCGCUGCGGCACGAGUCCAUCGCGUGGUUGUGCACGGGACCGGUGCAGAACGCCGCGUGGUGGGGUGGCGUUUUGUCCUUUCUGUGGCUUGCCCAAAACGCUGGACCGCCGAUUGAGCAGGGAAGGGGUCGCGAUCGCGGAGAACGACAACCUGAGAUCGUCGGUCGAGGACUGUUUCGUCGUCUCGCCGGCGGUUGA